AUCCUGUCCUCCCGGGAAAAGAGGAGGCUGCUGGUUCCCCGCUCCGACUGCGGCGGGGGAGGCGAUCGCGGCUCCUCUCACCCACCGGUAGCGGAGGGGCCGACGCGAACUCCGCGGGGCAGGGGGGAGCUCCGGCCCUGCGAACACCGCCCUGCGCACCAGCGGGUGCCGGAGAGUCCCGGGCAACCCCUGCGGAGACGGUGAGUUCCUUCGGCUUCCCCCUCGGGGCGACCACGCGGCAGGUACCGAGGAGGGCACGGACGCGGUGACGGAGGCGGCGACGGAGGCGGCGAUGCCGGCUCGGGGGGGCGGGGCGGAGGGGCCGCCAUCGCUCGUCGGUGGCAACGGGCGGGGAGCAUCCGAGACAGCUCCGCGGAGCGGAGGUAACGCGAUUCCGGCCGGCGCAGCCCGGAUUGUGAUUUGGAGUCGUGGAGAAUUCACAGUCUUUCCACAAUGGCAGAAAGGACAGAUUUUACAAAAUCACAAAUUUCACUGGCUGAAUACAGCCCCGUCAGUAAAUCAGAAAGGACAGAUCAAAGUGAAAAGAAGGCUGGAGACCAAAAUACAUUGCAGCUGAAGAAAGAAAUAUCUUUAAUAAAUGGGAUAAGCCUUAUAGUAGGCAACAUGAUUGGUUCAGGUAUCUUUGUCUCUCCCAAAGGAGUUCUCAUCUACAGCAAGUCUUAUGGAUUGUCUUUAAUAAUUUGGGCAAUUGGAGGGAUAUUUUCAGUCUUUGGAGCUCUCUGCUAUGCUGAACUUGGAACCACUAUUACAAAGUCAGGAGCCAGCUAUGCAUAUAUCUUGGAGUCUUUUGGGAGCUUCAUUGCUUUUAUUCGUUUGUGGACCUCGCUCCUAAUUGUUGAACCAACUAGUCAGGCAAUCAUUGCCAUCACCUUUGCUAACUACCUAGUUCAGCCUUUCUUCCCUACUUGUGACCCUCCAUAUGUGGCUUGUCGUCUCUUAGCAGCUGCUUGUGAAUGUCUUUUAACAUUUAUAAAUUGUGCCUAUGUUAAGUGGGGCACACGUGUGCAGGAUGUAUUUACUUAUGCUAAAGUUGCUGCUCUUAUUGCUAUCAUCAUCGCAGGACUUGUUGAAAUAUUCCAGGGACAUACAUGGUACUUUAAGAACUCUUUUGCGGGAUCCUCCUCUGAUAUUGGAGAAAUCUCCCUUGCAUUAUAUUCUGCCUUGUUUUCUUACUCUGGCUGGGACACGCUCAAUUAUGUCACAGAAGAAAUCAAAAACCCAGAAAGGAACUUGCCCCUGGCUAUUGCAGUGUCUAUGCCAAUUGUGACUAUUAUCUAUAUUAUGACUAAUGUAGCUUACUACACGGUGCUGGAUGCUCAGGCUGUUCUCUCUAGUGAUGCUGUGGCAGUGACAUUUGCCGACCGGGUGUUUGGUAUAUUCAGCUGGACAAUUCCCAUUGCUGUAGCCUUCUCUUGUUUUGGUGGACUUAAUGCUUCAAUUCUAGCAUCAUCAAGGCUAUUUUUUGUAGGAUCUCGGGAAGGUCACCUUCCUGAUCUGUUGUCUAUGAUCCACAUAAAGAGGUUCACACCUGUGCCAGCACUGCUCUUCAAUUGUUUUAUGACCCUUAUUUACCUGUGUGUGGAAGAUGUCUUCCAGCUAAUCAAUUACUUCAGCUUCAGUUACUGGUUUUUUGUUGGUCUGUCUAUUGCUGGGCAGUUAUAUCUACGUUGGAAAGAACCAGAUCGGCCAAGGCCUCUUAAGCUGAGUGUGGCUUUCCCGAUAAUAUUCUGUUUAUGCACAGUAUUUCUGGUGGUAGUGCCACUCUAUAGUGACUUUUUAAAUUCAGUGAUUGGAAUUGCCAUUGCUUUAUCUGGAAUUCCAUUCUUUUUCUUGGGAGUCUAUUUACCUCCAUCAAGGAGACCUCAAUUUAUUAACAAGAUUAUAGGUGCAGUCACACGAUACAUGCAGCUGCUCUGUUACUGUGUUUUAACAGAGGUGGACCCAAAUGAAGAAAAGAAGGUAGAAAUCAAAUCCAACUAAAGUUCAAAGCCAUUACAAGAAGCAGGAGAGGAUAAAGCAAUUACACAAACGAAAGGGAAGAGGUGGAACUCUGGCAGACACAAAAAAACUGGUUUUGGUGGUCUUUCAGAAAUGCUGAAAAUGUUCUUACUUGGAGAUGGACUCCAAUGUGGCUCAUGCCCUUGUGUCAUCCUCCUAACUUGUGGCAUGUUUCCAGGGCAGGUUUUCAUUGAAUAAUGAUGAUCUACUCAUUACCUACUCACACAAGCUGUGUGUCAAUACUGUUUCUUCAGAAUUGGUACGAAAAUGAUAAGAGCUAAUGGAUCAAAUUAGAUUUCUGCAGAACCAGGUGGUAAAGUAAUGCAUUAUUAAGUUAGACUAAAACCCACUUUGACUCCAAAGACUAAGUCAUUUCCAGCUUAAUUCUGAUGGAUGUUUGCAUUUGCUGUACUCAGUUCUUAUCCCAGAAGAAAACUGGUCACAACAAACUACUUCAUUAAUUUUUCUGCCCCUAACGAUAAAUUAAGUUCUGCUCCAUUAUUUAUAGACUGAACCAGCCUUUCUCCCUUGAAGAUUUUAUUCUGUAUGCUGCGUGGAAAUGUAUCAGACUGUGGCAAGGAUUUAAUCAGCAAAGCACCUUGGCACUAAAGAUUUGAUUAAUGGUUGUUGAUUUUUUCUUGUUAACUUGUUAGUAGUUUGUCAAUUUCUGCUAGGUUUUAUGAAACUUCCAAAAUUAAAAUACUCAUUUUGAAGCCUGUAAGCAU